CUUUCCUCGCCGCACCACCAACUUGUCACCAAAGAUGGCGAUUUGCUGAGUGCUCAUGGAUAUACACAUUUCUCGGCUAGUUGUUAUCUUACCCGAAACGCCAACUUUAAAAACAAAUUAACUGUUUAGCGAGCAACUGUUUCUCCGUUUGAAGCACCUCUGACCCAGCGUCAGUCGCCGCUACCAUGCAGAUCACACUUAAAACGCUGCAGCAGCAGACUAUUCAGAUUGAGAUAGACCCCGAACAAACGGUGAAGGCCUUGAAAGAGAAGAUAGAAGCAGAAAGGGGAAAAGACAACUUUCCUGUGUCCGGGCAGAAGCUGAUAUAUGCUGGGAAAAUUUUGCAAGAUGACACACCAAUUAAGGACUACAAAAUUGAUGAGAAGAACUUUGUUGUAGUGAUGGUGUCCAAGGCUAAGCCUGCAGCUGCAGCCUCACCAUCAGUCUCAGAAGCACCCAAACCCCCAGUACAGGACUCUGGCUCCACAUCAACAGCUGCCCCGACUACAAACCCAACUCCAGCCCCAGCCCCUGCCCCUGCAGCUGUCCCCAUUCCUAGCGGGGAGGCCAAAGAGGAGUCAAGUGCCGUAGCCACAGAACCACAACAACCAGCUAGCUCCAGUGGUGGAAGUCAGGGCCUGGAUGCAUCCUCGACGCUGGUGACCGGAGCGGAGUAUGAGGCGAUGCUGACGGAGAUCAUGUCUAUGGGCUAUGAAAGGGAGAGAGUUGUGGCUGCGCUACGGGCCAGUUUCAACAACCCCCACAGAGCCGUGGAGUACCUUCUUACUGGUAUCCCUAGCAGCCCAGUCCAGGAGAGUAAUCCCCCAGUGCAGGCUCCCACAUCUGGAACCACAGAAGCUCCGUCUGUACCAGAAGGAGAGAACCCACUUGCAUUCCUGCGCACUCAGCCCCAGUUCCUGCACAUGAGACAGGCCAUCCAGCAGAACCCUGCCCUGCUUCCCGCUCUCCUCCAGCAGCUAGGCCGGGAGAAUCCUCAGCUUCUACAGCAAAUCAGUCAGCAUCAGGAGCUGUUUAUCCAGAUGUUGAACGAACCAGUGGGAGAGGGGGGAGAUGCACCAGAGGUUGGAGAGAUGGGGGCAGCAGGGGAGGAAGGCGCGCCUGUCAACUACAUCCAGGUUACACCUCAGGAGAAGGAAGCCAUUGAAAGGUUAAAAGCGUUGGGUUUCCCUGAGGCGCUGGUGAUUCAGGCCUACUUCGCCUGCGAGAAGAAUGAGAACCUGGCGGCCAACUUUCUCCUCAACCAGGGACUGGAAGACGACUGAACAGCAGAGGGUCACUGCCUUCCUGCUCCUCCCUCCUACCCUUCACCCCUCUUCUUCAGCUCAGCAUAAAGACUGCACCCCCAGAUUUUACUGUACAACCUCAGCUCAUCCCAAACAGGAGGGGGGGAAGCCAGUGACGGGAGAAGGGU